AUGCAGGGGACGUUGAGUCGAGACGAUACAGCGCGUUCCGCACAGCGCAAGCUUCGCUCCGGGAAGGAGUUCAGCCCCUACAAGAUGCCUCUAGAUUUCGCCUCCCUCCUCAAAAACUCUGAGAGCACCUGCAUCCCCAUGGAAUAUGAUGAGAGGCCUCAACCCUCACAACAGCUUACGCCUUGCAGCAACUCGAAACUUGACGCACCUCACGAAACCCAGGAAACUAGCACAUUCCAUGAAGUUGCGGCGUUCGACCACCCAUCCAAAGCCUUACCAAGCGUGCCCCAUGAAAUCUUGGGGCCGGACACGCCCUGCAAAAUCCUACAACCCAUUGCCCUGCCCAUGGCUUUGGACGACGCCCCAAUAAACGACAGCCUGGACCCAAAGAAUGACGACCCAGGUUUGGGCCGUCUCAGGCCCUCUGCCGAACUAGUGCCUGAGAAGCAGCGCUAUAAGGCUUAUAAAAGGAGGAUGGCCAGGAUGAAGGCCUACGGGGAAGGGGUCCGCUCGUCCUCUGCAAAGAAAAGGGCCGAGGCUGCAGCAUCCUCCCGCCGUCAGGCAACAACUCUCUGUAGCAAUAGGCUCCCGGCUUUGAGGGAUGGGUACGCUGCCAAAAUUGCCCGCAGCAGCGUCAAGGAUUCAGCCCAAAACUGGACGGCUCAGGGACUGUUAGAAAAUGGGUUUAGCCUGGUGCAAUGGGAUGGACGCACUCCUCGGCCACUAGUAGAUUCUGGUGGGCGUAUAUUUGCAGUGCUCGCCGGGAGGCCCAAGGACCCAUCCUUUGAGCAUGACUGCCAAGCCAUGUACAGCUCAAUGCAGGCCGAAUUGCGUGGAUUCCACCUGAAAGAGACUGAUACGGUCCAUCGCCGCGGCAACUUUCCAGCACUGGCUGUGGGGGUAUCCUAUGGAAACGGCCAAAGACAACCCAUGAGGCUCAUAGCUGGAGAGACUAGCCCCCAGGCCCCUGGGCUUCAACGCCUACUAAACAACCCUGCCGUCCAGCGGGUAGCUGCUUAUGGGGACUCCGCAUUUCAAAUGUGGGCUCCUAAGCUGUACAAUCACUACAGGACCCACGUCGAAAAAAUGUACGACGCACUUCCCCACAUACGAAGAAACUUCUCCAAAUCGGUCUUCCCUUGCGCAACAUUCAACUUUGGGCCUAGGGUACAGACCAUUCCGCACAGGGACUCGCUCAACCUUGGGUACGGCUGGUGCAGCAUCACCGCCCUUGGUUGCUUCAAUCCCACCGAAGGGGGUCAUCUAAUUCUGUGGGAUGCCAGGGUGGUUGUGGAGUUUCCUCCUAACUCUACCGCUCUUAUCCCCUCGUCCACCAUUCUUCACUCCAAUAUUGCUGUCGGCGUCAAAGAAGAGCGAGCAUCUUUCACUCAAUAUUGCGCCGGUGGAAUUUUUCGCUGGGUAGAUAACGGCUGCAGGACUCAGUUGGAUUUCCAAAAGGCGGACCCUGCCAGCUACUGCGCUGCCAUGGAAGAUAGAUUAGAUGGCUGGGAGAGAGGGCUCGCCAUGUACGAAGUACUUCGUGACAUAUAG